UUCUAGGGGAAUAUAUGGUCGAUGCAAAAACUUCACCUUUCUACAAAUGGUUAGAAGUUAAAAUACUGGCGGAAUCAAGAGGCAUGUGCGUGAUCAACACUCAGAAAUUAUAAAUUUUGCUGCCUCGCUCCUAUUCGCUAGGUUUUAGGACGUUUCUUAAAACUUCAGYUGUCGUUCAGUCCUAACUCUUCCUGACAAUCUGUGAAUUUAAACAGUUAAAUUCACCAGAAGUAACAAAUUUUCUGGGGGGGGGAAAGAAAUUAUCUAUCAAUCAGUGAAUGAGUCUUUUGUAAGAUACCCAUAGAUUAGCUAGAUAUGCCAGACUUUAGCAAAAAUUCCCUGUCAAGGGUCCAGAUCGCAUCAAAAUAUUUAUGAGAGCAGCAAAAGCAGCAUUCGCCUCACUGGAAUGUAUUUACUUGUGCUCCAGGAAUGAUAUUGAUGAAUGAAGACCCAAUUUAUCCCAUUAAACCCGUGAUAUUUUUAACCUAAUUAAAUGACGUCUCCAGUUCAAUUGAUUGAACUUUAGUGGUUAAAAGUGAACUGUUUCUUGCCAUCUGUAUGAUUUUACAUACAUACACGUAUAGAUUUAUAGAURUACAUUGGCGUUUGUGUGCGUGCACGCAUAUGUAUGCACACGUAUAUUUUGAGGCUUGGAAGUGAAUGAGAAGUUACUGAUUGCCUAAUUUUAUUCAGCAGAACUAAAUUCUGGUAACUUUUGGAUGACCUCUGCGAGACAAAGACAGGACAGAUCUAUUGUACAUCAUAUUACCCUCUUCUUUGAUGGCUUUUCUUUUCCUCGCCUGCUUAUCAGUUUCUUCCCUUUUAACCCCGCUUCAGCUCAUCGCUCUAUAUAUUCCUUUCGAUUCUUUUUCUUAUUUUAUUUAAAGCGAGGUAUCAAGCCCCGGUGGCUAUCCUGGCUAGUAGAUCAGACGGCAGGGCAGCAUCCCCCGGGGCUGGGGGAAGCCGGCUCAGACAAAAGGCUGUGGGCAGGGCAGCGGCCGCCGCCCCGGGGUACCCCUACACCUCCGGUACCUGGUUUGCGGGUGCGGCCCGCCGGAGAGGGGGGUCACUCGGUUAGAGGGAUGUUAUUGAGUGGAAUCGCUGGAAAUGCGGGGAAAUGCGGCGGUGGGCGCCCGGCUCCCCAUUGGCCGGGCCGGUCACAUGCCCGCCUAACUUUAUUCAGUUGACAGCAAGUAGGAGGGCUCUAUGGCAGGGGAAAAAAAGACAACACGAGAAAAAUUAGUAUUUUCUACCUUCAGAAAUUAAUGGCCAUGAGUUCGUAUAUGGUGAACUCUAAGUAUGUGGAUCCCAAAUUUCCUCCUUGCGAGGAAUAUUUGCAGAAUAGCUACUUAGGCGAGCAGGGGGCCGAGUACUAUAGUGCCUCGCAGGGCUCUGAUUUCCAGCACCAGGGACUCUACCCACGGUCAAACUACAGCGAGCAGCCCUUUAGCUGUAGCAAUGCCCAGGGCUCUGCCGGGCAACCGCGAGGUCAUGGACAGGAGCAAUCCGGCCCGGCGAGCCACUUCCCCGGCCCAGCAGAGCAUUGUCCACCGCCUCCAAUGUCCAACUCGCGAGCCUGCAGCCAGCAGCCGGCCCUCAAACCCCCAAACGGCUCCGCAGUUAAGCAGCCAGCAGUAGUUUAUCCCUGGAUGAAGAAAGUCCAUGUUAACUCGGUGAAUCCUAAUUACAACGGAGGGGAACCUAAACGCUCCCGCACAGCUUACACCAGACAGCAAGUCCUAGAACUGGAAAAAGAAUUUCAUUUUAACAGGUACCUGACCAGGCGCCGCCGUAUCGAGAUAGCCCACACUUUGUGUCUCUCUGAGCGCCAGAUCAAGAUCUGGUUUCAGAACAGAAGAAUGAAGUGGAAAAAAGAUCACAAACUGCCCAACACGAAGGGCAGGUCUUCUUCCAAUGGUUCAAACCCCCAUUUACAAACUGGUUCCAAGGACCAUCAGACUGACUUGACAACUUUGUAGAAGAGGUGAAAUUUUCCAUUUCAUCCUUCGCUUCUGACCAGUACUGUACAUAACAGACACUGCCCAAGCAGAACCUGCAUGUAGCAGCUAAGGACACGAGAAACUGUCAUCUUUCUUUAAGGUACUGUUGUACAAAGGAGACAAAAUGACGCUACUUUGGACUUUAUUUUAUUUGCCUCUGCUAGCACAGCCUAAAAAGGAAAACAAAAAAAAACAAAAAAAAAAAAAGGGGAAAGAAA